AUGAAUCGAGACCAGCAGCAGCCGCCGGAGCAGAAGCUCUCGGGCGAGGAGAUCGCAAAGCACAACUCGAGAGAGUCUUGUUGGGUGAUCAUCCAUGGUCGGGCGUACGAUGUGACUGAGUUCCUGCCCGAACAUCCUGGCGGCCCCAAGAUCAUCUUGAAGUACGCUGGCAAAGAUGCCACCGAAGAGUACGACCCGAUCCAUCCUCCCGACACGCUCGACAAGUAUUUGGACAAGAACAGGCAUUUGGGAGAGGUGGAUAUGAGCACCGUCCAGCAAGAGCAGAAAGAUGAAGAUCCGGAUGAAGCUGAAAGGCAGGAGCGAAUCAAGCAUAUGCCCGUCCUCGACCAAUGCUUCAACUUGAUGGACUUCGAGGCGGUGGCGAGGACAGUGAUGAAGAGAACCGCAUGGGCAUACUAUUCCAGUGGUGCAGACGAUGAGAUUACGAUGCGUGAGAACCAUUCUGCAUACCACAAGAUCUGGUUCCGCCCGCGAAUACUGCAGGACGUCAAGAACAUCGAUUUCUCUACGACCAUGCUCGGCACGAAAGUCUCGAUUCCCUUCUAUGUCACCGCUACUGCCCUCGGAAAGCUUGGCCAUGCAGAAGGUGAAGUCAAUCUCACCCGUAGCGCCCACACCCACGACGUUAUCCAGAUGAUCCCUACGCUAGCCUCUUGCUCUUUCGACGAGAUCGUGGACGCUCGCCGAGACCCUCAAACACAGUGGAUGCAGCUCUACGUUAAUUCCAACCGCGAAAUCACCAAGGGUAUUGUCCAGCACGCUGAGAGGCGUGGCAUCAAAGGCCUUUUCAUCACGGUUGAUGCGCCCCAGCUUGGUCGACGAGAGAAGGACAUGCGGUCCAAGUUCGCAGACUCAGGAUCCAACGUGCAGAGUUCCAGCGGAGACAACGUCGACCGCUCGCAGGGUGCUGCUCGAGCCAUCUCAUCCUUCAUCGACCCUUCGCUACAGUGGAGCGAUAUUGCCUGGUUCAAGUCUAUUACCAAGAUGCCAAUCAUACUUAAGGGCGUGCAGAGAGUGGAAGACGUCAUGCUUGCGAUCCAACACGGCGUGCAAGGCGUCGUCCUUUCCAACCACGGCGGCCGUCAACUCGACUUCGCACGAUCAGGUAUUGAGGUCCUCUCUGAGGUCAUGCCCGAGCUCCGCCGUAUGGGCCUCCAAGACCAGAUUGAGAUCUACAUCGAUGGAGGUGUCAGGCGCGCGACCGACAUCAUCAAGGCUCUGUGCUUGGGGGCUAAGGGCGUUGGCAUCGGACGACCGUUCUUGUACGCCAUGAGUGCCUAUGGACAAGAGGGCGUGGAGCGAGCAAUGCAGCUUCUGAAGGACGAGAUGGAAAUGAACAUGAGAUUGAUUGGCUGCACCAGCGUUGACCAGCUUGGACCGGAGUUCAUUGAUACCAGGGCACUGAACAUGCACAACACCACUGUGCCGCAGGACGUGCUGGGUCACAAUGUCUACAUGCCUCUGUCCGGGCCGAUUCCUAAGGCGAAGCUCUGA